GCCAGACCUCAGUCCGGCGGCAUUUCAAAGCACGGCGAUUCUAAGCACGCGACGCCGACGCUAUUUUUGACGGUAGUCACCGCGCAAAAUGCGCUCAGUGUUUACGCGUGAUAGAUGUGUUCGAAUCAUCGAAUGUGCACCGCCAAUAAAAUUGGAAUAAGGUCGUCAACCAGGAAGUACGAUGUCUCGGUGAGGACGAAGAAGAGAAAAUAUUUUUUGAAUACUUGGACAUUUAAACUUAAGGGAACUAACUGCAUCACCGACCUGAGCAAUAGAACGGAUUUUAAGAAAAAAUGCAACAAAAAGAGAAAGAUGUGUUCAAGUACAUAUUUUUCACGAGAUAUGAAGUCAAUGUCGAGCAAAUUUAAAUAAAAAAAAUACUGAAUUGCUUCAUCUUUACGGGGUUUUCGCUAUAACUUUUUGACCAAUUUAGGUUUUAAAGCAUUUUAUGGCUAAAAACAGCAGCCAAGAUGC